CCAGAGUGAUGGGCAGCUUGUCCCCAGUGACUUUCCCCUGCAAAUUCUCUGCUCCUCGGAGAGUGUCCCCUUGCGUCACUAUCCGUAUCUGAUGCUUACUGGCAGGGGACAUCCGGCCCUGGGGGAAGCUGUCUCAAUCCCACAGUGUGUGAGUGACGGAGGGCUCUCUCUGGGGCUUUCUUAAAAGAGGGAUUUCUCUUGUGCUGGGGGCUAGCUGUAGGAGCAUGGUGCUAGCUGGCUAGAUGCCCCUGGAGCAGGGAGGGCCAGCUUUCCCUUCAUCCCCUGGUGUCAGAGGGCACGUUCCUUCUCCGCGGAUUGUUUCCCCCCCAAGUUUGCUUGUUUUUCUGUUGUGUGUGAGUUGCUCCCCCUGCAGCUCGCAGCACGACUAUUAGACACAGAAUCCCACACACUCAGCGCAGUGGUGCCCUCCCACUGCACCGUACUGCUGCUGGGAACCAGCCCUUCGGACGCUCUGCCUGGGUUAGCAGCAGGCAUGGGACUCAGUCAGCGCUGACAGCUGCCACCCGGGUCUUGCUCACCGUGCUAGCUUGGGAAGUGCCCUGCUCUCUGGGAACAUCGGACGGAGUUCCUUGCCAGGCUCCUCUAGGAAGAGCCCUGCUGUGCUGACCUCCAUGCUCCACCCUCCCGCCCCGUGAUUCCAGGCAGCUGAGAGGCAUGAGACAGCCAUGGCGUUCCAGGCAGCCGGAUCUGGGACACUGCAGCCCCGGAGCGUGCGACCCCUGGAGCCUCUGCUGCAUGGCUGGGGACCGGAGCCUGCUACACAGAAAGGGUUCCUCGGCAACUUCUCUCUUCCCACUCCCCUGCAUGGGACAUUCAGGGCAGCUGGGAAUCCCCACCUCCAGGAGAGAGACGGUGCACAUCCAGCAGGAGCAGGGGGCAGCAGCUGCUUUCCUCACCGUCUCUCCUCUCCACCCCCCCGUGCCAUGGCAGGGGGCUGUCUGAACCCUGAGGGGCCCCAGGGCCUCAGCUUGAAAGACUUUGUCCCAUCCCACCUCCAGAAGAGGGAAUUCCUUCCUGCUGCCAGGAGCCCGGCAGCCCCCACAGCCACAUCCCCUCAGCCGUCCCCGUGGGUCCCGCUGCGACACAGAGGACCCAGGGUGCCCGUGAUCCGUAACUGCGGCUCCAAUACCCUGAACUUUGAGUUCCAUGACACGUCUCCCCGCACAGCGUGCAAUGGCACCGCCGAGCCUAGGAGAGCAGCCCCCAGGAGCUCAGUGAGCGACUGGUACCAGACCUGGCCUGCCAAAGAAACGAAGCCGCUGAGUUCCCAGGCAGUGCCUGUUCCCCUCCCAGCUGAGUCGGCAAUGAGCCCCCUGGAGAACGGCCCGCCGCCUGUGCCUCGCGCAGCCCCCUGGUCUGCCACCUGGACCAAGGAUAGCAAGAGGAAGGACAAGCGAUGGGUGAAGUACGACGGGAUUGGCCCGGUGGAUGAGACGGGGAUGCCGAUCGCAUCGCGAUCCAGUGUGGACAGGCCCCGGGACUGGUACCGGAGCAUGUUCCAGCAGAUCCACCGCAAGCUCCCAGAACCGCAGCUGGACUGGGAUUUCCACCACUGCACGGAACCACGCCCUCUGGCGCUUGCACGAAAGGGCCUCACGCCAAGUGGCUCCUCUUACCUGCAGAAUGGCCUGGACUGGAGGGGCCAGGAGGCCGCCGCCGAUGCCGCGAUGGAGCCCAGGAGCAUUUUCGACUAUGAACCCGGGAAAUCGUCCGUCCUUGACCAUCCCAAUCCAGCUGCAGAGCCCCAGGCGGGACGUGCUGACAGCUGGUACCAAUUUCUGAAGGAGCUGGAGACGGGAAGCCUGCCUAAGAAGCCCCUGGCUCCGUUUCCUGCAGAGCCUCCCCCGCAGUCCCAGCCGAUCGAGGUGUUACUGGAGAGAGAGCUGCAGCAGCUUAGCGAGGAGUUGGACAAGGACAUGAAAGCCCUGGAGACACAUCGGCACCCCUGCAAGACUUCCUCGGCGGCUCCCUGCGCUUGCUCCCCUUGCCCAGCCUCUGUCGCCUGCAGCCCGCUGUCUGCCUGCCAUUCCCAUCCUGCCUUGGGGCAGAGCCCCCCCGCUGCCCGACACCGCCCGCCUGCCAGCCCCAGCAUGGAGAGAGGGGGCCUGGGCCUGGCCACGAGCGAUUGGAGCCGGUCUCCCCCCAGGAAAGAUCCCCCAGGCCACCCUGGGAAAAGCCCCUUGGCUGAUGAAAGUGAGUCCAUAGAGGCGGUGGAUGGACCAGUGAGGAGAGAGGACAAGAAGAUGAAAGCUGCUCGCGUCAAGUUUGACUUCCAGGCUGAGUCCCCAAAGGAGCUGACCAUGCAGAAGGGAGACAUCGUCUAUAUCCACAAGGAGGUGGACAGGAACUGGCUGGAAGGAGAGCACUAUGGGAGGGUGGGCAUAUUCCCCUCCAACUACGUGGAGAUCCUGCCUCCCACCGAAGUGCCCAAGCCCAUCAAGCCACCCACCAUCCAGGUGCUGGAGUACGGAGAUGCCCUGGCUCAGUACAACUUCAAAGGGGACCUGGCGGUGGAGCUGUCCUUCCGCAAGGGCGAGCGCAUCUGUCUGGUCCGCAAGGUGGAUGAGAACUGGUAUGAGGGACGGAUCUCUGGCACCAGCCGCCAGGGCAUCUUCCCGGCCAACUACGUGCAAGUGGUGAAGGAGCCGCGGGUCAAGGCCUCAGAGGAGUUCCCUUCCUCCCCAAACUUGACUGCCCCUGCCUCCCCAAGGCUGCUGGCACACGCAGGCUCACCGGCCCAGCUGCACUCGCCCGGUAGCCAGCGUUCCGACCCCUCGUCCUCCUUCCUGGCCGGCUCUCCCACUGCCCAACGGCGCGGCACGGAGGGGGGCACCCUGUCGUCCUCGCCGCGCCAUUUCGGCUUCACCUUCCCCGCCUCCCCCAAGCUGCAGCACGCCGGAGUCUCGUCCAGCGUCCUGCAGGGGCCCCAGAGCCCUCAGCUGGCCCCCAGCACCACCUUGGUCUCCCCCCUGACUCUGAGCCCGAGCCCGCAGCCUCCGGCCGCCUCCCGGCCACAGGAGACUCCACCCGCUGCUGCGCCCUCCUCGCUCCCUGGGCAGAGCUCCACCCUUGAAGCCCCAGUACCUGCCGGCUGCCAUCUGGGUGGUGCUGGGCACCUCCCCAAGGCCCCCCCAUCUGACAACGGCUCCAGCAUACAGUGGACCCCGUUCCAGGCCAUUUAUCAGUACAGACCCCAGAACGAGGACGAGCUGGAGCUGCAUGAAGGGGACUGGGUGGACGUCAUGCAGCAGUGUGACGACGGCUGGUUUGUGGGUGUGUCCAGGAGAACCCAAAAAUUCGGCACCUUCCCUGGCAAUUACGUUGCCCCUGUGUAACAUCCCCCUGCCCCACAUCCCAGCACGAGCCAAGAGGAAGCUGCAUCUGCGACUCAGGCUCCUGCAGCCUACCCAGAGCCUGCGUCGCGCCCUGAGACAAGGAGAGGAACGAGGAGAUGGGGAUUUGGACCAGCCCAGCCCCCGCCCCCACGGACAUUCCCAGCAGGACCCUUUUGGUGGCUGUUGCUGGGGAGCUCGGCACUGGGACGGGCCUCUGCCUCUCCUAGUAACAGACCCCCCCUUCCCUGUCCCAGUCACUCAGCUCAGCUUCCAGCACUGCCUCUGGGGCUCCCUCUAACGGGGACCAGUCCCUGUCCUUUCCCUCCCCCAUGGGGUUCCCUCUAAUGGGGGCCAGUUCCUGUCCUUCACACCCCCCCCAUGGAGCUCCCUGUAGCAGGGACCAGUCCCUGUCCUUUCCCUCCCCCAUGGGGUUCCCUCUAAUGGGGACCAGUUCCUGUCCUUCCCCCCGGCCCGUGGGGCUCCCUCUAGCGGGGACCAGUCCCCCAGCCUUAGGCCCCCGUGGGGCUCCCUCUAGUGGGGACCAGUCCCCCAGCCUUACCCCCCCCUUGGGCUCCCUCUAGUGGGGACCAAUCCCCCAGCCUUACCCCCCCCAUGGGGCUCCCUCUAGCGGGGACCAGUCCCCUAGCCUUACCCCCUCUGUGGGGCUCCCUCUAAUGGGGACCAAUACCCCAGCCUUAUCCCCCAUAGGGCUCCCUCUAACAUGGACCAAUCCCCCAGCCUUACCCCUCGUGGGGCUCCCUCUAACGGGGAUCAGCCCCCCAGCCUUACCUCCGUGGGGCUCCUUCUAAUGGGGACCAAUCACUGUCCCCCCCGUGGGGCUCCCUCUAACAGGGACCAAUCCCCCAGCCUUACCCCCCAUGGGGCUCCCUCUAACAGGGAUCAGUCCCUCCCCUCCCCAGGGGCUCCCUCUAAUGGGGACCAGCCACUUCCCAUGGGGCUCCCUCUAACAGGACCAGUCCCCCAGCCUUACCUCCAGGGGGCUCCCUCUAAUGGGGACCAGUCCCCAUCCCUGCCCCCAGGGCUCUCCCUGGCAGGGAGUCUCGCCCUGUGCCCGCUCAAUAAAUAUCUGCCAGUCUGUGCCUUGCUGCAGAAGGCGUCUGCAUCCCGGGGGAAGGGGCUGUUAGUCCUUUUCCUCCAGCUGAACCCCAAAGCGGGACGCUGCUUUCUCCCUGGGGGCACAGAACACUAGAUCUGCUCCACCACGACCUCUGAAGGGAAGCGGGCACUGAGCCUGCCCUCUGCACCUCCAUGGACCCAGCGUGCUGUGCUGAACCCUGUGCCUGCAUGAGUGGGGGGUGGGACGAGGACUUGGGGAGGGCAGACUCCUCCAAGCUGCCUGUAAAGAGCCGGCCAUGGAAACCUGAUCUGCUUGUCCUCUGUUAUUAAAGAUCAGCCUCACCCCAUGCGAAGGCCCCGCCUGGUGUUCGUCAGGGACGGGCGGGAAUCCAUGCAGCAGGGCAAAGGGCAGCUUGUGGCCAGUGGAACCCUGAGGCAGACGCCCUUGUUGCCAAUGCCAGGAUGCACCGCAUGUGAUAGACCUGCUCUGAGCAGCGGGCAGUGUCCUAGCUCGGAUCAUGCUCCCCUUGCCCUCUGCUGGGUGCAGCCAUUUCUAUUCUGUAUCAGCUUGGCUGCUCGCCAGUCACCGCAGGCUGAGCACCCCCUAGAGCAUCUCUUCACACUCGGUGGGUGAUGGCAGACCAUGGGGCACGAUGUGCCCUGUCAGACCUGCUCAGGCCAAGCAUGAAUACAUAAAAGGUGGUUACAAGGAAGAGGGAGAAAAAUUGUUCUCCUUGUCCUCUGAGGAUAGGACAAGAAGCAAUGGGCUUAAACUGCAGCCAAGGCGGUUUAGGUUGGACAUUAGGAAAAACUUCCUAACUGUCAGGGGAGUUAAGCACUGGAAUAAAUUGCCCGGAAAGGUUGUGGAAUCUCCCUCAUUAGAGAUUUUUAAGAGCAGGUUAGACAAACACCUGUCAGGGAUGGUGUGACCGGGGUCCUUGUGGGGAGCCAGCUAUGGUCACUCAGUUAGGGUGAACUGCAAAGAAUGGGGCAGACAAUCCCCAUAAAGCUGGUGGAUAUGCCGAAGCUUUACCAACCAGCACAAAACAGCUUCUCUAUUACCUUACUGGUUACUCAGAAGUCCAAACAACACAGUUCCCUUAAAAUGAUCCAGCCUCCAUCCAGGUACCCACAUCAAAUAUGAUGAAAAUGUCUGUAAAUCUUAUUUCCUCAUAUAAAAGAAAAGGUUCUACCAACCCCAAAGGAUCGGACACAUUACCUCCCCGGUUAUUGAAUAUUCCAGAUCUUACCUAAACACACACUACAGCCAAUUCUUAUUAACUAAACUAGAAGUUAUUAAAAAACAAAAGAUCGGGAGUAUGGUUAAAAGAUCAAUAUGCAUAUAGACAUGAGUUCAAUUCAGUGAGGUGCAGAUUCAUAGCAGAGAUGGUGAGCUGUGUCGUUGUAAGGAGUUCUUUCAGAAAUAGUUAAUAGAUUAUAGUCCAAUGUCCAAAUCUCAUAUUCAGGGUGUACCAGCAUAACCGGGACCUCAGUCUUGCAACUCAAACUUCCCCUGGUGAAGCUUAAGCAGAUCUGAGAUGACAGAAUCAGGACCUAAGGAUCUUUUAUACACUUUCAUGUCUUUUGAUUAGUUGGGAGUUCAAAAGGUAAUUAGGAUGACUGGAGGAAGUCCAUCAUUGGUACUUAGCCAUAGAAUUAACAUAAGGCAAUUUGCUUGUUCCUCCACCAUUCACAGAGUAUUUGCUAUACAUUUCAAAGAGAGAUGAAUACAGAGAUAUCCCAUGUUUACAAUUCAUUUACAUGAUAGGAUGCUCUUUUGACCUCUGAAUUAUGAGAAUGCAGCAUAGACAGCGACUGUUGAUUACAUUGUCUACCUUACUCAUAAGUAUGUAAAUACACAAAAACACAAACAUUAUCUCCUCA